UUUGCCCAGCUGGUGUCUGUSUACAAAUCCUUGGGCCCGGAGAAGUUCCCUCUAAUCGAGCAGACCUUCUACCCAAACCACAAGGAAAUGCUGACCAUGCCAACGUUCCCCGUGGUGGUGAAGAUUGGACACGCUCACUCAGGCAUGGGAAAGAUCAAGGUAGACAACCACUACGAUUUUCAGGACAUAGCCAGCGUGGUAGCGCUCACCCAGACCUACGCCACCACCGAGCCCUUCAUAGACUCCAAAUAYGACAUCAGGAUCCAAAAGAUAGGCACUAACUACAAGGCCUACAUGAGAACCUCCAUAUCCGGGAACUGGAAGACAAACACRGGCUCGGCGAUGCUGGAGCAGAUUGCCAUGUCAGAUAAGUACAAGCUUUGGGUUGACACCUGCUCUGAAAUCUUUGGCGGUUUGGACAUCUGUGCUGUCAAAGCCGUCCACGGGAAGGAUGGAAAAGAUUAUAUUUUUGAGGUGAUGGAYUGCGCCAUGCCCCUGAUCGGGGAGCACCAGGCCGAGGACAGGCAGCACAUCACCGAGCUGGUCGUAAGCAAAAUGAACCAAAUGUUGUCCAAAACUCCUAUUCCAUCUCCUCAGAGACCCACUGCCACUCARCAGCCUCAGAGUGGAUCACUAAAGGAGCCAGAGCCAAACAAAAUCCCACCUCAGCGACCACCACCUCAAGGGGGCCCAGUGCAACCCCAAGGAAUGCAAUCCCAAAGCCAGGAGCCAUUGCAGCGCCUGUUCCCCGCGGGGCAGGCAGCAAAGCCCGCAGCCUCGCAGCCCCAGCGGCCGCCCGGACCCACCACCCAGCAGCCACGGCCCCAGGCUCAAGGUCCUCCCAGCUCCAGGUUAUCCAAGGAAGCAGAGCCCCAGGCACAGCCCCAGCCAGCUCCUCAGCCCGCUGAGCCACAGCAGAAGCCACARUCGCAUCCGCAGCUCAACAAGUCGCAGUCCCUGACCAACGCCUUCAGCUUCACCGAGUCCUCCUUCUUCCGAUCGUCCGUGAACGAGGACGAAGCGAAAGCCGAGACCAUCCGAAACUUGAGGAAAUCCUUUGCCAGUCUGUUCUCUGAUUAGCCAGCUUCACGUCCACACCCUGCUAUAGUCUGACAGCGCCAACGUGAAUGUCCCAUAGGUUUCGUUCUCCCUGUGCCCUUCUCCACUGUGCUCACUGUUGUACCAAGCAAUAUGUUAAACCUACAAAACAAAACAAACAAAAAAAMAAACAAMAAAAAAAAAGAAUCGAUAGCAGGAGGACUUUGGUGAGAUCCCAUUCAGGACCAUGUACAAACAUCUGUCGAGAAGGAAAGGUUUCCAUUGCUCCCACAGAAUGUCCGGCUCCAAGGUCCUUAUCCAUUGUAAUAUUGUGGCCUUACUGUGACUGAAGUAUCUAACCCUAUUUGAGACUCCUUUGUAGAAUUGUGUUAAUAAAGCGUGGAGGRGCGGGUUCCCUGCUCUGCCCGCUCCCCACGCCUUGCAAUGCAUGUGUAUUUCGUGUGUAAGUGUUUUGUACGCACCGGUGUAGUCCUGACUGUUCUCGGGAGGCCAUUCACACCGACAUCCUCGUCAAGCCACCUGAAUAACGUGAGAAAUUGAAGCAGUUUCUUCCUCCUUAUCCCAUCAGCUGGUUGUAGACUUCUGAUGUAUUGCUGGGAGUUAUCAGUACACUAAAUGUCAUAAAUAGAGUGUGUAUGUACUACUGUAUCUCCAUGUGUCUAUUUAAAUGAUUUAUUUCCAGGCUGUAACCACAACUGGGUUUAGUUGCGAAGAAUAUGCAUGAUGUUGCCCUUAUUUUUGUGAACACCUUCUAAUAAAUGUAAAGUCCCAUGCCUGAUUUAAAAAGAAAAAAAAAAUGUCUUCUACAAAGCUUGUUUCGACAUCAAUAUAUAUUGUCUAUUUUGACGGAUAUCAAGAGGGGAGCUUUAUGAUUGUAAAAUAUUUGGACACAAAUUGCAGCUGUAAGAAAAUAAACUGUCACAAUGAAUUCCCUUGUCGAAUCAGCAUUAUA